CGAGUAGGAGGAAGUUCCUAGUGACGCCAGCUCAUGUAUGACCGGACGCGAACUUUAGCUUCUAGCUUACUGUCAACUCCAAGACUUCUUUGGCUUUCCUCUGAUUGAGCAAGAAAGAAAGACUCGUUCUUUGUGGCACCUCAUUCCGUACGGGAAAACUAUUGGUGAUUGAAUGAGCAGUGCCAGUCAGGACUAUCAACAUCAAUGGACUUCAUUGCUAAUGAAGCCACAGGAUGUCCAAUGAGGAUUUAUUUGAUUGUUUUUUUUUCCUUUUUACAUACAUUUUUACAUUUGUUUUUCUCACUCACGUGUAGCCCUUAUCUGCCAGCUCAGAUAGUCCACCUCACCUCUGAUUAGCAUAACCACAAGACACAACACUCAGGUGUCCUCGGCUGCAGUGUUACAGUACAUGCAUGUUCCUUUAGGAGCCCACAUGUCUUGCUGUGUUUUAUGAUGUAUGAGUAGGAGGAUCACAAGCAGGACCUGGAAAAAGGUAAUAAAUAGGCUCAGAGAGACGUUCAACACGUUGUUUGGAGUUGUAAUGGUGGCCGUUGUUACCACGAUCAAAUGGACUUGGAUGUGAAGAGAACGAUGUUUCGAGAAGAAGACAUGGAGGAUGACGAUGACGAGUCGCCUUUGGAGCGACAGAUUGUGGUCGGCAUAUGCUCUAUGAUGAAGAAGUCAAAAUCAAAGCCCAUGACUGAGAUCUUGGAGCGACUCUGUAAGUUUGACUACAUUGAAGUGGUCAUCUUCCCUGAAGAGGUGAUCCUCGAGGAGCCUGUCCAGAACUGGCCCCUCUGUGACUGCUUGAUAUCCUUCCAUUCCAAAGGUUUCCCACUAGACAAAGCGGUAGAGUACACCAACCUCAGGAACCCAUUGCUCAUCAACGACCUCAACAUGCAGUAUUUCAUCCAGGACAGGAGGGAAGUGUAUCGUAUCCUCCAAGAAGAGGGAAUCGACUUACCUCGUUACGCUGUGUUGAAUAGAGACCCAGACAACCCAGAAGAAUGCAGUCUGGUGGAAAGUGAAGACCAUGUGGAGGUCAACGGUGAUGUCUUUCCUAAGCCCUUUGUAGAGAAGCCAGUGUGCGCUGAAGACCACAAUGUCUAUAUUUAUUACCCAACAGCUGCAGGAGGAGGCAGCCAAAGACUCUUCAGGAAGAUUGGGAGUCGAAGCAGUGUGUACUCUGCUGAGAGCAGUGUUCGGAAGACUGGAUCCUACGUCUAUGAGGAGUUCAUGCCGACAGAUGGAACUGAUGUGAAGGUUUACACAGUGGGUCCAGACUACGCACAUGCUGAAGCACGGAAAUCUCCAGCACUGGACGGAAAAGUGGAAAGAGACAGUGAAGGAAAGGAGAUCCGCUACCCUGUUAUGCUGACUGCUUUGGAGAAGCUUGUAGCGCGGAAGGUCUGCCUAGCCUUUAAGCAAACGGUGUGUGGGUUUGACUUGCUGCGAGCUAAUGGACACUCUUACGUCUGUGAUGUCAAUGGAUUCAGUUUUGUGAAAAAUUCCAUGAAGUACUACGAUGACUGUGCCAAAGUACUGGGGAACAUGGUCAUGAGAGAGCUGGCCCCUCAGUUUCACAUCCCCUGGUCCAUCCCCAUGGAGGCUGAGGACAUUCCCAUUGUCCCCACAACCUCGGGCACCAUGAUGGAGUUGCGCUGUGUGAUUGCCAUCAUACGUCAUGGAGAUCGGACACCCAAGCAGAAGAUGAAAAUGGAAGUUCGACACCCUUUGUUCUUUGAGCUGUUUGAGAAGUGUGGUGGCUACAAGUCCAGGAAAAUAAAGCUUAAGAAGCCCAAACAACUUCAGGAAGUGCUGGAUAUUGCUCGCCUUCUGCUGCUGGAACUAGGACAGCAUCACGACUGCGAGAUAGAGGAAAAGAAGUCUAAACUAGAGCAACUAAAGACUGUUCUGGAGAUGUAUGGUCACUUCUCAGGUAUUAACAGGAAAGUUCAGCUGACUUACCUACGAAAUGGACAACCUAAAGCGUCAAGUGAGGAAGAGGACUCGAGGAGGGAAGGUCCAUCUUUACUGCUUGUUCUGAAAUGGGGUGGUGAGCUAACACCUGCUGGUCGAGUCCAAGCAGAAGAGCUGGGCAGAGCUUUUCGCUGCAUGUAUCCGGGAGGCCAAGGUGACUAUGCUGGCUUUCCAGGAUGCGGACUUCUCCGUCUUCACAGCACCUAUCGCCAUGACUUGAAGAUCUAUGCCUCGGAUGAAGGGCGAGUGCAGAUGACUGCAGCAGCUUUCGCAAAGGGUCUUCUGGCUUUAGAAGGUGAACUGACCCCUAUCCUGGUCCAGAUGGUGAAGAGUGCCAACAUGAAUGGCAUGCUGGACAAUGACUCCCUGACAGAUUGCCAGCAGAAGGUGAAGGCACGCCUGCAUGAGAUCAUGCAGAAGGACGGAGACUUCAACCAACAGGACUUUGAGAGGUUGGCCCCCACUGGCAGCUCUUCACUGGUCAACUCUAUGAAUAUUGUACAGAACCCAGUGAAAACUUGUGACAAGGUUUACAACCUCAUCCAGAGCCUGACCACUCAGAUACGAAAGAAAUUGGAGGAUGCCAAAUCAUCAGAUCUGCAGCUUUACCACAAUGAGACCUUACAGCUAAUGCUGCAGCGCUGGUCCAAACUGGAGAGAGAUUUUCGUAUGAAGAGCGGGCGCUAUGACAUCAGCAAGAUUCCUGACAUCUAUGACUGUGUCAAAUAUGAUAUUCAGCACAACGCCUCACUGGAGCUGCAGGAGACUCUAGAGCUGUUCAGGAUGUCCCGCGCUCUGGCCGACAUCAUCAUUCCACAAGAAUAUGGCAUCAGCAAGGCAGAGAAGCUGGACAUCGCCCAGGCCUAUUGUGUCCCCUUGAUGAACAAGAUCCAGCUUGACUUGCAAAGAACUCAUGAGGAUGAAGCGGUCAACAAGCUGCACCCGCUGUAUUCUCGGGGUGUCAUGUCACCAGGUCGCCACGUACGGACUCGUCUCUACUUCACCAGUGAAAGUCACGUCCACUCUUUGCUCAGCGUUUUCCGCUAUGGUGGUCUGCUUGAUGAAUUGAAGGACCAACAGUGGAAACAGGCGAUGGACUACCUCGGGGCUGUGUCCGAGCUGAACUACAUGACCCAGAUCGUCAUUAUGCUGUAUGAGGACAAUAAUAAGGACCCAUCUUCAGAAGAGCGCUUUCACGUGGAACUACACUUCAGUCCUGGAGUCAGAGGCUGCGAUGAUGAGAAAAAUGAACCUCUGGGCUUUGGAUUUCGUCCUGCCUCUUCAGAGAAUGAAGAUAAGAAGCCCAAUCAGGGUAGUCUUGAGGACCUCUCCCAUGACCAGCCAGACCAGGCUGUUGCACUCUCUGAGGCUAUUUACAUCCAGAGAAGGUCCCCAAUGAUCCGCAACCGCAAGACUGGCUCCAUGGAGGUGCUCUUAGAAACUUCUCCCAACCAAUCCACUAAAGGUAGCACCUCCCACCGACUCUUCUGUUCUUGCUCCCGCCAGUCCCCUGAGAUUAAACCUCCCCAAGGCUCACUCUGCUCGGGCCUCUUCAGUGCCUCUGCCCUUGGGGUAUCCAGUAGUGCACCCAACCUGCGUGAUUACGUCCGCACCCACCACCAUCUGCACCGAAAACCACCUCUGUCACCCGGCAGUCUGCCAUGCCAGAAUGGCAUGCUUGAGCUGCUCUCUAUGCCUACCAUUAAGAGAUUUUCUGUGUCAUUUGCCAGGCAUCCGACUAAUGGUUUUGAAGGCUGCUCAAUGGUGCCCUCCAUCUACCCACUGGAGACACUGCACAACUCCCUCUCGCUUAAGCAGGUAGACCAGUUCCUCAACAUGGUGUGUGAAUCCAGCAGUGACGACCACAGCAACACAAAGGGUAAAGGUGGCAGUGCCCCCUCCAGUGCUGUGUCCAGUGCUGGCCCCUCAUCACCGAUGACAUCAAACUCUUCCAUUAACUUCUGCUUCAGUGACUAGUUGCUCUGGUUUGUGUAUAUUCAUGUGUAAGCCAAAGAAGAUGUUUUUGUUCCAUCACCCUGUCCCCGUGUGCACCUGUUUCAAAUCAGCAGCAUGAUGAUGCUGAUGAAGGACUCCAUGACUUGUGUCUGAUCAGGCCAACAACCGACACCUUCUUCUACCACUAGAAUUGUCCCAGUCUGCCGUGCUCUUUGCUGUGGUGGAAAUAAAAUGGCCUUUCCUGCCGGCGACCUCACUCUCUUGCAUUUUAUAGUCACUACUUCUUCUUCUCACUUAUCUAUGAGAUAAUUAUCUGGAUCAAAAUUGCUGCUGAUAGUCACAACAUAACUGUACAAGUGUGGCACCAAAAUGUGCCAGUUUCAGUUUGAUCUACAGCUGCAGUCAUGACCCAGAUAAGGAACAUGUUUAGGGCUGGAAUAUGUCCACUUUGGCCUCUUGUUAGCGUAGUUUCAGGCUUCAAUUACACAUUUUCAUACAUUUGUUUGUGUCCAAUCAAAUUAUUGCAGUGUUCUACAUGUUUGAGAGUACAUCAAGAAAUUAUAUUGGCAUCCAUGUCUCGUGCCUUGCAGGCUGCCAGCCAUCAUCAAGUUCAUAAGUAGCUAAACCAGUGAAGUAGCAGCGGCAUCGCAAUGUUCUCAGCUGUGUGGCAACACCCCAUCAUGCAUUUUCCUGACUCUCGUAGUCUUGCUCAGCAGCCCAACUGGUCAUGCAUUCAUCCUGCAGGCCUUCGCUGCUGGUGUAAAUCAAUGGCAAUGCCUGUUAGAGGGGCAGUAUGCAGUAAUAUCAGAAAUCUAACUUGUAUGUAGGACACCCUCUAACUGCAAUGUCUUCACUGUAGGCAACAAAAGUGAGUACACCCCUAAAUGAAAAUGUCCAGUUUUGGCCCAAAGUGUCAAUAUUUUGCAUGGCCACUAUUAUUUUCUAGCUUAACUGUCUUGGCAUGACGUUCACCUUUCGUUUGAGGAUGCCCCAAAGAUGAGCAAUAGGGUCUAGGUCUGGAGACAAGCAUGGCCACUUCAUCACCUUUACCCUCCACUGCAUUAGCAUGAUCUUGAAGGUGUGUUGGUAUCAUGAUGGGAUAUUGACCUGCGUCCCAGUUUCCACAAGGAGGGGAUCAGUUGGUAUUCAUGAUUCCCUGAACUGUAGCUCUACAGUGCUGUCUUCACUCGCUCCGAUUUAUCUAUCUAUCUGAUAGCCUCGGCCAGGUUUUUGUAGAGCAACAAUUCUCAGGUCCUCAGAGUGUUCUUUGGCAUGAGGUGCCAUUUUUAACUUCCAGUGGUCAGUAUGAGAGCAGUAUUUAAAAACCUGCUCCCCAUAAACACCUGAGACCUUGUAAAACCAACAAGUCAAGUGACACUGGGAGGGGAAAUGGCCAAUUGGACACUGUUUGGACAUUUCAGGGAUGUAGUCACUUAUGUUGCCUACAGUUUAGUGGCACUCACAAAAAAAGUCCACUCCCUGAAAACAUUGCGGACUCAGAUCUGACAGUAAGUCCAGUUGUAGGAACCAUUGAAUCUUUAGGAUAUUCACGGUUAUUAAGGCAGCAUGACAGGACAGAGACAUCUUUGUCAGUGAUCAAGUGAAGACCAGGAUUCAUUUCAACCUCACUUACUCAAUGCUGGUAUAGCAAGACAGAAAGAAGCUAGUGGCAAUGAGAAAGAAGUUCCUGGAAAUGGAGUCAAUGGCACACAUUCGAUCAUAUGCAAAGCUGAGAGUUCAGUUCCAAGACAAUAAUGUGGAAACUACUAAAAACUAAAAACGCAGAAGCAACAUUUUCGGCCCACUGGCACAUUACCAAUGCUGAAAAAACAAAAAUGAUUCAGUCAUAUUUUUAAAGUGAUCAGCAUUUGUGCUCUUGCUGUGCCUAAUAAUCUUCACUUAACGUUACUUAUAGGACUUUGGAAAUAAAAUGGACUUCAUGAAGAAACCUAAAUCUGGCAAUCUGUCUGGAAAAAUGGAAAUAGCAUAAAAAAGGAGGGUGGGGUAGAAAUUAUGUUUGCAAUCCCUCAGAUGAAGUUGAGAUGAAAGAAUUGUUGAAUGUUGAAUGUGGGAUUGAA